GUGGGAUUCUUCCAAGUGAAAAGUGGGUAACCCUCUGUAAUCCAAUUCCAAUUCAACCCAACAAUGGUUUGUUAUUUCUUGGAUUUGGCAUAUCAUUUUACUCAGUAGUAAUAAAACAUUGGUUCAACAUUUGGAUCUUGCUCAUGAAGAAGAUGAUGAUGUGAAUGGAAGGAAGCUUAUAAAUAAACAAAUUAAAGCAAGAAAACUUGUAAAUCAAGAAAUGUCAGUGCAUCAAAACAACGACGGCGACAAACAACGCAGCUAUCUUCUACCAAAACGCAUCAUUUUAGUCCGUCACGGCGAGUCUCAGGGGAACCUCGACGACGACGCCUACUCAACCACCCCUGACCACAAAAUCCCCCUAACGGAACUGGGAAUCACGCAGGCCAGACAUUGUGGCUCCCAUUUGAAGUCCUUGAUCUCCGCCAACACCACCUCCUCUGACUACCGCCUAUACUUUUACGUCUCGCCCUACGAGCGCACCAGAUCUACUCUCCGCGAGAUUGGAAGGUUCUUCUCCAAGAAACACAUCAUUGGUGUCAGAGAAGAGUGUCGGAUUAGAGAACAAGAUUUCGGUAAUUUUCAGGUUAGUGAGAGAAUGAAAGUGAUAAAAGAGACAAGAGAGAAGUUUGGGAGGUUUUAUUAUCGAUUUCCUGAAGGGGAAUCUGCUGCAGAUGUUUUUGACCGAGUUUCAAGUUUUUUUGAAUCCCUUUGGAGGGACAUAAACUUCAACAGGCUUAACAUUGAUCCCUCCCAGGAACUAAAUCUUGUCAUUUUAUCACAUGGCUUGGCCGCACGUAUCUUUCUCAUGAAGUGGUUUAAAUGGACAGUUGAGCAAUUUGAGCUCUUAAACAACCUCGAAAACUGUGAGUUUCGAGUAAUGGAGUUAGGAGAGGGUGGAGAAUAUAGCUUGGCUAUGCAUCACACAGAGGAAGAGAUGCUCGAAUGGGGGCUCUCUCCUGCAAUGAUCGCUGACCAAAAGUGGCGAAUCAAUGCCAGUAGGGGUGAUUGGAAUGAAAAUUGUUCAUGGUUCUUUGACGAAUUUUUUGAUCAUUUGACAGAUGCAGAAGAAGAAAAGAAAGAAGAUGAUACAAAAUAAUACCUUGCUGAUUUCACCAUUAACUCAUCAUUGUUGCGAAAAAGAUCAAACACUUGAAUGCUGUAAAGAAUCAGUUCUCAAUGGGUCCUUAAAACUCUAAUUCUUAAAAUGCAGAUUCUUUCAGGUGAAUACAUGAUACCAAGAGAUUCCCCCAGCUAGAGUAGUGGCAUCUUUAUAAGGUUGGAUUGUAAUACUUUGUUAGUUAAAAUUCUGUCUGGAUUAGUUGUGAUGCUCUUAAUGGAAAAGCUGUUGGAAGUUGCAUUCAA